GGGAGUAUUUAGGACCUGGAUGAAAAAUGUCCUCGACACCCCCGAGCUCCCCGGCGCCCAACAGGAGUUACCUCUCCACGUCCCCCACCGAGGAGCCGGACCCCGCGGAGGUGGACGGGCAGGUCGCGCUGCUGCUUCUCGGCUUGUGCGUGGCCCUCGCCGCGGCUACCUUUGCCGGGGGCGUGUACUCGCUGCUCUCCCUCGUCCGGAUGAGGCGCAAAACCUCCCUGUGUCUCAUCGUGGCGUCCAUGUCAGCGGACGACCUGCUCAGCGUGGUCCCCCUCUCGCUCUUCACGCUCCUGCGGCGGGGGCAAGGUGGAGAGGGGCAGGCGGGCACGCUGUGCACUUUGUCGGGACUCCUCUACGUCUUCCAGGGGGUUUCCAGCAACACGAAGGCUUGCCUCAUAGCAGCCUACACCUUCUACGUGACCAAGAGAUUCGGGGUGCUCCGGUCCGCCCGGCGGCCGCGGGGGGUUUUGUGGGCGAUCGCCUCGGUGUGGGUCCUCAGCCUGGCCGUCAGCGCGUUGCCGCUGUGCGGACUGGGCAGCUUCGCGCCCGCGUCGCUGGGCUGCUUCCCGGAGAGCGGCGGCUCCUACACGCUGCUCCUCCUCUCCCUCUACUCCCUGUGCCUCUGCGGACUGAUGUGCUGCUUCCUCCCGCUCACUUGCCAGCUGCUGUGCUCCCGGGAGCCCCAGAGGACGCUGCUGUGCCCGGGUGACCCGGACUUGUCGCGGGGAGCGAGCGCUGCUCCUCUCUGCGACCCCACGUCCCCCUCCCGGGACAGCCCGGGCGGGAGCUGGGGCGCCUACAGCGAGCUGAGCCCGGGCUCGCUCGGGACCGGACGGGGGCUCGUCCGUCCGGACCCCGGUCCGUCUCCGACCCCCGCCGACGGGCGCAAAGACGGCGCGGUCGGGGACACGCCGGUGGUGUUCGCGCAAAAGCGCUUCUCCCUGAUCCUGGCGGUGGUUCGAGUUGUUUUGUGGAUGCCGAUGAUGACAUCGGUGCUGAUUCGCCACACCACGGACGCUCGGAGCUCGUCUCUGGAGACUCUGGGCUUCUUCCUCACCUUGCUCGCCCCCGCCGUCACUCCCCUGUUCGCGCUCUCCGAGCGCUGGAUCCACAUGCCCUGCGGAUGCUUCAUCGACUGCAAACGGGACCCAACACAGGAGCCCUCAGUAAUGAAGAGAAGAUUUGCGUUCACCCUUUCCCUCCAGCAAGGCUACGGAGUCUACAGAUUAUCCCACGUCACCCAGUCCCAGUGCAGUCCAUCCGUUGAGAAGCCCUCCUACCACAACCUCUUAAACUGUGACUUCCCCGGCAGCCGGCCCCAGGAACUGGGCACCAGUAGGCUGUCCAGCUUGGACGCCAACUUUGAUUUCAGCGCCGAAACCCCACUGGACAGCUCCUCAAAUGCAGACCUGCUGCUGGAGGCGGCGACCGGCGCAGGGGAGGCCCCGGCGGACGGUGCUCCACUUCCCCACGAGGACAACGGCGACGACGACGCCUUCCGCUGCGCUCCCUCGCGACCGUCCCUCCAGCAGCAGGACUACCGCCUGGCCGACGCGUCUUCUGUGUUCGAGGGGCCGGAGAGGAGGCUGUCGCAUGAAGAGUGUCGGAAAAUCGAGCUGAGCGACUGGGAGUGGUGCAGGAGUAAAUCCGAGAGAACACCAAGACAGCGGUCAACAGGGGGCUUGUCGGUCCCCCUGUGUGCCUUCCAGGGAACGGUAUCUCUGCAAGCGCCCACAGGGAAGACCCUCUCUCUCUCCACCUACGAGGUCAGCAGUGAUGGGCUCAAAAUCUCCCCCAACAACACCAGGAAGGUUGAAGUUUACCGCUCUAAAUCAGUUGGCCACGAGCCCAGCGCUGACGAUCCAGCAUCAGGGCACCAGGCUGGGGAUGUGAGUGCUUGCAUGAUGGAGCUGGGGAUUGAGACACAGAUGGGCAUGGACAUGAGCAUGGGGAUCGGCUCAGUGGUGGGGGACACCAACGUCAAGAUCCACCUGGAGGUUCUGGAGAUCUGCGACAACGAGGAGGCCAUGGACAGCGUCUCCAUCAUCUCCAACAUCAGUCAGUCGUCCGCCCACGCCCGCUCUCCCUCACUGCGUUACUCACGCAGGGAGAACCGCUUUGUCUCCUGCGAUCUGGGGGAGACUGCCUCCUACUCACUGCUUAUCCCCAGCGGUGGCAACCCCGAAGUUGACAACAUCAACAUCAGCAUCCCCGACACGGUAGAGGCCCACCGGCAGAACAGCCGACGACAGACCCAGGAGAGCUCGGGCUACCGGGAGGAGAUCCAGCUGCUCAAUGAGGCCUACAGAAAGCAAGCCGGGGACAAGCAAGAGUGA